AGAUUACGUUCUCGUAAUUUUGUUUAUCUAUAAAGCUAAAAGAAGAAAAUGUAUUAAAAAAAGAAUUGACUACUCUUUUGUUCAUAAAAGUCAUAUUAGAUUGUUAAAAAAUCUCGAAGCAGUAGAUAUGCCGGACGAUGUGCAGCAGCUAGGAGUCGAGGGGCAUGAAAGCGACCUAGCCAUCAUGGUAACGACGGCUAUAAUCUUCUCCAUCUUCAUCGUGGGUUUGGCUUCGGUUUGCUUUCGCUGGACCUCUCGCCGGUUUUACACGGUAGAGCAAUCCGUAAACCUAUCUACCCACUCCGAACACGAACUCCGAAUCUUGAGGAGGGCUAGGACGGGGCGUGGGAUCGAUGCGGCUGUCGUGGAGUCGUUUCAGACGUUUCUAUACUCUGAGGUGAAGGAGCAGAGGAUCGGGAAAGGCGGGGUCGAGUGUGUGGUGUGUCUUUGUGAGUUCCAAGACGAUGACACGCUGAGUUUGAUGCCUAAUUGUUGUCACGUGUAUCAUGCUGAUUGUGUAAGUGUCUGGCUCUCUGAUCACUCCACGUGUCCGCUCUGCCGUGUGGACCUGGAUUUCCAACCGGGUGAAGGGAGAGACCCAGAUCCUGAACUUGGAGUUAUAGAUACUACUAGUACUACAGAAGCGCACGUGAGGGGCAAUGGGAUCAGCAGACAGCCUCGGUCAAGGUCAAUGAGAUUGUCCUAUAGCCGAAUCUCUGAUAUAUUAUUCUCGAGAUCUCAUUCGACCGGACAUUGUGGGGCUGAACUGGUAGGGAGUUUAGACCGGUUUACACUCCGGUUACCAGAUGAUGUGCUGAGGCGACUGAUAAAGAAGAGAGUGGUGAGAACUCAGGUGAGAGGCUCGCGGGGUUUCUACAGAAGCAGAAGUGUCGGAAGCGAGAGGAGUGUCCUGUCAGAAGAAUGGUGUAACUAUAAGAACGAUCGGCGGAUACGUUCAGUGACUUAUUCCUUCAUCACUGAUCAUUGUGUAUGGUCCGGAAGAGAUGUGGUGGCUCCGCCGAAUAGUGAGACGUCGUCUAGAGAACUCCGACCAGAUGAUCUAGUGUAAGAAUGCAAACUUUUAAGUGUGUUUUUGUUGCAACAUUUUGUUUGCGAUCAUUUGUCUUUGGAACUUGACAAUUUUAGAGAAAAAUGAAAAAAAAUGGAAUUAUAAAUGUACAAUCAUGUAAAGAAGUCCAACCAGAUGAUCGAGUGUAAGUAUGUCAGCUUUUAAGUGUUUUUUGUU